GCCGUGCGGGAUUCUUUAGACCGAAUAACUCGGAUAAUUUCAGUAGUUUUAAACGUGUCGGCCGCCCUUUGCUAUCCUCCGCCAUUUUGUAUCAGGCGAAUGCUAAUAAUGGGCGCUCGCGCAUUGCACUUUUUAUUUAUGGUUGGGAUUAAAUUCGUUCCGCACACUUUGGACUCGAGAAACAAACAUUUUGAACAAGUUGAACGCGUUGUCGGGGUGUAAACGGCCGCGUUGUCACUGUGUUCCCAGCUUCCUGGAGUCGGAUUUGAUUUAAAAUAAACGAUGGGUUCGGAACGUUAUUACAGUCUUACCCACUCUGUACUAAUGUUAACACGCGCAAACGGCUAGUUUCCUGCCAGCAAACAUACCAGUCUGUCGUUUUUCUUUCCAUUAAACCUGCAGAACUAUGUGGACAUUACUGAACCGUGGAUUUCUGCGAGAUUAUUUUAAAACAACGUAAAGCUGAACUUGUUCCUCUAACUUUUAUUGCACUCGCUUCCUGCAGCUUUGGAUGACCUGAAUGCUACAGGGAGAUCGGGAUGAGUUUAUUUUCACGCGUGUUUCUGGACAAAUUGCGUUGUAAACAAUUAUAAAUCCAUGUUUUAUCUGUAUUUAAGUGCUUGGUGCAGUCAAGUCCCGGCCUCGAGUCGCCCCCUGGCGGAAAAGCGCUGUACUGCACAGAACGCGCAGCUUAUUUCGUAAGCCGAGUUGCGGGCGUUUCGGUGUGUGUGUGAUUUUUGGAACGAGGUCUUGUGUGUGUUCGGUCUUGACGAACCUGAGGACUGGCAAAUGGUUAAUCUGCCACUUCAUAAAGUAUCCGCAGAGGCUGUAAUCAUGCUUGUGCAGAGCGAUGAUUGAUUGAGAAAGAUGACAGACACACCUGCCAGUAAUAGCUCAGCCCCAGGAGCAGAAUUUGACAUGAUGGCUGCUCUUGACUGGAAGGACGGCAUUGCUACGUUACCUGGCAGUAACAUCAGGUUCCGGAUGACAGAAUUUGGGACACUUGAGAUUGUAACAGAUCCAGAGCCUAAAGACAAAGAGGAGGAGUCUUCAUGUCCACCGUCGGAGACUACACCCUCUAACGGCUCAUCAGAGCCACCCAACCGUUCAAAUCAGUCAGAAACAACACCACUACCAGCUUCAUCUGGAGUGCAGACACAGACUGGUAGCUCCAGCACAAUGAGUACGAGCAGAGAGGAUCGCUCCAAUGUCGAGAUGGCCAGCUGUAAGUCCUGUGGCCACUCUGGUUCACGGGAGUCUUUUCUCCAGGGAAAAUUCUGCAGUCCCGGCUGUGUACAGCCCAGCAGUGGAAGGUCAACUCCAGGUGAUACAGGAGAAGGUGAGCGUUUAGGUAAACGAAUUCGGAAGAAGAAGAAGAUGUUCAUGGAAUCUGAGGAUGAUGAAGAGGACAACAUUGAAGAAGAGGAGGAGAAGUUUAGAGUCUCAAAAGGCAGAAAAGCAGCCAAACUUGCCAGAUUGGUAACUGCUGCACCUGCGAAGAAGAAGGCUUGGAGCUGGCCAGCCUAUCUAGAGGAAGAGAAAGCUGUGUCUGCUCCCUUAAAAUUAUUUAAAGAGCACCAGGCCUUUCCUCAGAGCAGGAAUGCAUUUAAGGUUGGAAUGAAGUUGGAAGGCCUGGACCCUUGCCAUCCUGCUUUCGUCUGUGUGCUUACUGUGGCAGAGGUCCAGGGUUACAGAAUAAGACUUCAUUUCGAUGGUUAUCCUGAGUGCUAUGACUUCUGGGUGAAUGCAGACUCGUGGGAUGUGAAACCACCAGGCUGGUGUGAGAAGAUGGGCCUCAAGCUGCUGCUGCCCAAAGGUUGCAGAGAUGGAGAAUUUAAUUGGAACACUUAUGUAAAGAAUUGCAGAGGCCAACUGGCACCCAAACAUUUCUUUAAAAGUCUUAAUACCUCGGUGACCCCCUCAGGCUUUCGUGCUGGGAUGAAGCUAGAGGCUGUUGACAGGAAAAACCCAUCACUAAUCUGCGUAGCCACAAUUUCCGCUGUUGUGGAUAACCGCCUCCUCAUCCACUUUGAUAACUGGGAUGAUACAUAUGAUUACUGGUGCGAUGCCAGCAGCCCGUAUAUUCAUCCAGUUGGGUAUUGUGAGGAGGCAGAGUUAACGCUGACCACACCUGCAGGUAAACAGAAAUACAAGCAACCAAAAAGUUUCUCAUGGGAGAAAUACCUGGAAGAGACUGGAACCCAAGCAGCACCUGCUAGAGCCUUCAAACAGAGACCUCCACAUGGCUUCCAGGUGGGGAUGAAAUUGGAGGCAGUGGACAAACGCAACCCCAUGCUCAUCCGCGUUGCCACUAUAUCCGACACAGAGGAUCACAGGGUCAAGAUCCAUUUUGAUGGCUGGAGUGAUGAAUACAAUUACUGGGUGGAUGCCGAUAGCCCCGAUCUGCACCCUGUAGGAUGGUGUCAAAAGACUGGUCAUCCUUUGCAGAAUCCCAGUUGUGCGAGUGAUCCCCAGGUCCCUCCAGGACAAGGCUGCCCUACUCCAGGAUGCAAUGGGGUUGGACACAUCAAAGGACCUCGCUAUGGAACACAUUACACGGCUGUCAGCUGUCCCUACUCUGAGCUGAAUCUGAAUAAGGAGGGGCUGCUGCCCGACAGGCUGAGCGGAGAGAGGCCGGCGACACUGAGCGGACCUUCACGGCACAGGCGCACCGAAUCAGUCACACAGACUCCCUCUAGCACACCCACAGGCAGCAAUCCUGAAACCAGUGACAACAUGGACACCUCCUCACCAGCCAAGACUGCCACUGCAGCCAAGUGCACUAAGCCAAAUCAAGUGAAGCAAGAAGGAAAUGGAAAAGUAGACUCUCUGCAGCAGUUCUUGCAUGACUCUGUGUUCUGUGGCUGGGAGCCACCCAAGUUUCAGCACUGCUGGGAAAAACAUGGUAAACUGUUACCUGAAGCACUGGGUCUCAGUGCAAAGACAGUGGCCAAGUGGAGCACAGAAGAGGUUGCAAGUUUUGUGAGAAAACUACCAGGCUGCAGGGAACAUGCUGCCAUUUUCAGGAAUGAGCAAAUUGAUGGUGAAGCCUUCCUCCUUCUUACCCAGUCGGACAUUGUAAAGAUCCUAAGCAUCAAGCUGGGCCCUGCUCUGAAAAUCUAUAACUGCAUUCUUAUGCUGAGAAGUGUGGAUGAGGAAUAGCGACCCCCAUGCCCUGGAAACCUGCCUUAGCGCUUUUGUACCUUUCAGUAACCACAAGGCAAUCUUUUUUUUAUUUUUUUUUCCCCCCUGAAUUAUUUAUUUUUAAUUUUUUUUUAAAAUCUGUAUCCCAGCUAUGUGACUCAUCUUUGCAGUGGUGAAAAAUCCACAUUGUGUAUAUAGUCACAGAGGUUGCCCUAUGAUGAACAAGUACUUCAGAAAAUUUAACAGACUGGAAUUUUAUCUGCUUAAAAGCAGUUUUCUGUGUUUGUCCUGUUCUAGAACCGGGCAUCAGAGUUGGGUAUAAAUAUAAAAGUCUUUGAAGGACUAUGCUGCUAAACAGGCACAAAAUUUCUUGUCUUCUCCUGUAUUUUUCGUGUAUCAUCUGUAUGUACUCCUAACUGAAAUCUGCUACUUUAUUCAAAAGUUAUUUGAUCAUUUGAUUCUUAUUAACUUAUUGCUAAUUAGAUUUUUAUUAUCUUUUUGGACUCAAAAGUGCAUGGUUUUGAGGCACUGCAAUAUCAAUGCAUUAUUAAUAUAUUUAUGAUUUUUAUGGUUACUAAUUGUAUAAAUAAUUGGUUGAGGAAGUGUGAACAAAUUACACAUUGGUGGACCUUUUACUUGAACUGUAUAAAGUAAUUUUUAAAUUGAUGCAAAAAAAAAAAAAGGACUUUUGUAAAUGAACCUGCAUCACAUCUACAAUGGUCAGAAUGGGUGUGUGUAAGACCACGAGGUUAAGGGAUAUGCUUAGAAGUGUGUGUGUGUGAGAUUGAGAGAGAGAACGAGACUGGAUGUUUUACUUUGCAUCAAGGGAAACUCUUAGUUCAGUUGGAUCUUAAAAUUAAUGUCUAAUUUGCUAUGUAGUAGUGUCUAAAUUGUGCUUUGUGAAAUCCAUUUAAAUAUUUGUAAAUUGAUGUACAGCGAUAUUGAUGUGGGUGUAUUUUGAUCGUUGAGGGUUUGUGUGCGCAAGAGAGGGAAACUUGGCUUAAAGGAAGAUUCCAUUGGGAAAAAAAAUAAGAUGAAAUGUAAGCUGUAAUGCUCGAGUCUUAACUGUUGAAAUAAAAUAAGCUCGGAGUUACAGUUUAACAC